UCGUCUACCCAUUGCUUGCAUUCUCUCUGAUCCAGCCGCGUCCUCUCGCUGCUCGAGGCAGGUAGCAUAAAGAAUUUGCGAACACUCAGCUAUCAUAUUCUUUUACGCAGGCCCUCGACUAAAGGCUGCCAUUGGGGGUCUCAUCAAUGGCUUGUCGCACGCAAGCGCGCUAGCUGCUCUAAAAGGAUGCCCUCGUCUUGUGUUCACAUCCACAUUAUACACGAACACUAAUACGUCAACCCAUAAGAGGCUGCCAGUUUAGCCAAACAUGCACUUGGGUGUUUGACGAAACAGGUGCCGCUUGUGCGGCGUAUAUUCCGCGUGCGUUACGUCUCGGUUACCGGUCGCCAUAACUUCGGAUAGCUCCUGGGCACUGAACCAUUCAUCGACUCAAUGUCCAAGCGUUCGCGUUUCUCGUGCGAAGCUAUCAAGCCUAGUAUAGCCAUGAGAGUUCUCCCACUGGUGAUCACCAAUCUCACUGAUUCUCACACCGUCUUUCUUCACCGCACAUUAUGUUCCGCAAUUCUCGUCGACCGACGGCUCCGGACGAGAUCUAUGCCUCUAGCCUUCAGACACUUAAUCAAGGCCACGCCCUUUGGUUCCCCGAACCGCACGGGUCUGGGCAGCCGCAGAUCGGAGAUGUAGGCUUCAUACUUGAGGGAGCGUUCGUAAGGUUGUUCAAUCUGGACACCUCCGCGCCUGACAAGAAAGUCACGUACUGGGAGCCUCGCCCGCCCUUCAAGAUCACCGAACCCUUGCCUGAAGGCGUAUUGAAGACCGACGCUAGGCCUCGAGUUCUUCUUCCUGGAGACUAUUGCAGCCACGGAGUCCAGAGAAAGGAUAUUCACGCUGCAGUAGAUGUGACGGCUAGUGUUGACAUAUCUGUGGGCCUCAGCGCAAGCUACACGUGCAAGGAAGAACGAGGCGCAGUUCUUGCGCUGAAGAGCGACGCUCACGCCGAGACGAUAUACAAGAACCAAAUUUUCAAGAAGUAUAUCUUUCGGAAUAUUCGCGCCUGGCACGCAUAUGCAAAGGACGUCCUCGGUCUUGACAUCAAGCAAGAAGAUCUCGUCGUUGUUAGCGGCUGGGUCAAGACCACGGCAGACUGGGCGGAGACUGCAUUCAGCAAUACAAGCACGCGCUCCAGCGGUUCGCUCGAAGGCCAUGUCGGCGGCGUUGCCAGGGUGGAAGUGGGUGGAUCGUACACAAGCUCUGUGAUGGGUCCGAAAAUGCAUCGGCACGCUGAACACUACUCGUCGAAGACGUUCGGUUCCCACUCUGCAGAGUUCAGGAGAGAUCAGUGCAUCUUCUUGAAGUAUUACAAGGUGCUGAGGCGACUGUUGCUUCCGCCGAAGCUUGUCGCGGGUGCGGGCUACCACCGGCUUCCAGAUCUAGGAGACGGGAGAGGUGCCUCGAAAGGGGAGGGGGUUGCGUUGGAAGAGUUGGAGGAUUUGGAUGAGGUAGACAUCCUGAACCUCGGGCAGGAAAAGCCUUUCGACCCGCUCGAUAUAAUCCUCGACUACAUACUCGAAACUACCGAUGCCGAUGUUGCUAUCGCAAGUAAUCAAGACGUCGAAAGCAUCGUUGGCGACAAUUGUGUAGUAGAUUUUGCAAGCUAUUUACGCAAGAUGCAGCCUCCCGUGGAGGUUGAAGGCACGCUGGGAUCGCUGCGCAUAGAAGAUGUCAUAUGCCAUGAGCGAGAACGCAUUUUCUCGCGUCGCACGAUCACCGCGUCUGAUUUGGUCGAUUGGCCACACAUCACUCCUCACGGUUCUGGUCACGUGGAGGAUGGGCGUGCCUUCGUCGGUCCCACGGAAGCGGAGGUCAGGCCUCUGAAGCUGAAGCAACUCGUUCUCUCAGAUCCUGGAAAUCCAUCCCGCGUUUGUCAAUGUUUUACCCUGUCGACCGAUGGCAAGCUUCUGGCAGCGUCGUUCAGAAGUCGUGACGUCCUCGUGUGGCGACUCUCCGACGGCCUCUUGGUUCAACGCCUGCACUCUCAUGGUCAUACAGACAACGUAUACUCCCUCUCGUUUUCCCCCAAAGAUCAUACUCUUGUCUCGGGAUCCAACGACAAGAGCGCUAUUGUCU